AGAUAAGCACAUGGACUAGUGGGCGGAGCCUGUAUUGGAAGAAAUCUAAUCUGUAACACGCUGCGUUCUCGUAUUUCUCGUUAAUCACACUUCCCUGCUGCAAAUCUCACAUUCUGCAUCAACAAUGGCAAAGCUACAAGGGAAAUGGAGGCUGGACUCUAGUGAUAACUUUGAUGAAUACAUGAAAGCUGUUGGAGUUGGCAUGGUGAUGCGAAAACUAGGCGGAGCAACAAAACCCAAUCAGGAAAUCUCACAAGAUGGAGACGAGUGGUCGAUCAAGACACUUAGCACAGUCAAGAACACAGAAGUAAAAUUUAAACUUGGAGAGGCGUUUGAUGAAACUACUGCGGACGGUAGAAAAGUAAAGACAACUAUCACAGCUGAAGGGGACACUAAACUCGUACAAGAUCAGAAGGGAGACCCAGAUUCCGUCCUAACUAGAGAACUAACAGACGAUUCCACCAUGACCAUGAGUUGUGUUGCCAAAGGCGUCACCGCAACCAGGGUCUACAAACGGGAAUAGAUGAAAUUCCAACAGUUUGUGAACAGUUGACAGUGGACAUAAGCUCAAAAAAAGCUUGACAAUCACAUUACCAAAUCACAUCAUUUCAUUACAAAUUUUAGAAAAAAAAACAUAAAACAUAUCUGUGCAAUAAUUGCACCUGCAUUGAUUUUUUGGAUGUAAAAAUAUCGUAUAAGACAUAUGGUAUGAGAGGAAAAUCACAUUUGAGCUUUAUUUGAAAAAUAAAAAAUAUUGCACUUAUGUAAAAUAUGAUUUACUCGAAUUUAAAGAUGGCGCGAUGAUCAAAACCAAAUCAAGCGCCCUUGAAUGUUAUAUGUAGUGUAUUUUUAGUGAAUUUAUCACGAAGUCGAUUUAUUAUGACAUUGACAAGUCAGUCAUAACUUCUAGUCCACUUAAAAUAAUGUACAAUUUGUAAUUUACUGAAAUGUAUAUGACAAGACAACUAUAUAUUUGCAAUAAAUAUUGAUAUAAACUUAAAAAAGUCGAGAAACAA